AUGGCGUCGAUGCUUGAGGCUCUCCAGCCGCAUCCUGAAGACCACCUGCACCUGCGCCUGCAUCGCGCGAGACUCGUCGAGAUCCGCGCCGCCCAGCGCACCUUCGAGGGCGCCUACAUGCGGACGGCGCUGUCGCAGUUCUCGUUCGCGCUGGUGGUGCUCAAGAUCUUCACGUCCGACUUCUACCCGAUCGGCGCCCUGCUGGCCUGCUACGGCGCCGCCGUGCUGCUGGUCGCCGUCUACCGCCGCUACGAGGGCAACCGCCAGUUCUUUGACCGCGAGGAGUCCGAGUCGGAGUCGGAGUCGGGGGGGGAUUCGUCGGAGGGGUCGGUGGGGGGGCAGGAGGAGGAGGGGACUGGGGAGGGGGGAGGGGGUAUUGAUGGGAGGGGUAGGGCUAGGGCGAGGGUACGUCGCAGGGAGAGGGUCUGGCACAUGGUUGUUACGAUGAAGUCAGAGAACAAAAUGGAUGAUGUGCCCGUAUUAUAA